ACACUAUGCGCUCCCGACACUCACAAACAACUCCCAAACAAGCUUGGCGACAAAGCGAUUGGUCUACCAAAGAUCAGAUGAGAACACUCUUCUCACACGAUACAUCUGACAUUGGUUAAACCGUAGCAAGUGCUUUCGUGUAUCUGUGGCCCUUUCGUGGCUUAGAUGUUUUGUCCAUGCUCUAAUCUGGACAUAUUACAACUGUCACUUUCCGAUUGCGUUGCUUGGCAUCCAUCAUGAGUAUGCUCUGUUCGUCUUAAGGUUCUUCUUCUUCUUGUAGCGAUCAGCUAUUUCUACAGAGGCUGGUACUCAACAUGCAUCGUCUUCUUGUCUUAUUCCAUUUAAUAUCUUUUGUUUCUGCAGGUAUUCUUGAUGAUAUAGGAUCGUCCCUGGGGUCGUUGUUAGGGAAUAACACGGCCAGUGUGCUGGGCACUUUUCUCGGUGAUCAUGGGACGGUUAUCUUUCAGAAUGGGUUGUUGAAGAACACGACGGCUUGUCCGGCCAUGAGUGUCAUCUUUGCUAGGGGGACUGCGGAGCCUGGUAAUGUCGGCAUCUUAACAGGACCGCCCUUCUUCGCAGCAAUAGCAGAAUACAUGAACGGCACCAACCAGCUCGCUAUCCAAGGCGUAGACUACCCGGCCGAUGUCCCGGGUUUCCUAGCCGGCGGAUCAACGCAAGGUGCCAAUACCAUGGCAAAACUAGUAAACAAAACCCUCGCUUCCUGUCCCAACACCCAACUCCUCCUCUCAGGCUAUUCCCAAGGUGCCCAAGUCGUGCACCUCGCAACCGCGUCUCUCCCCUCCAAUACGACGUCAAAAAUAUCCUCCGUAGUUCUGUUCGGGGACCCAAAGAACGGGACGGCGGUCAGUGGCGUGGAUGCGAGCAAGGUGAUGACGUUCUGCAAUCCGGGAGAUGAUAUCUGUCAGGGUGGGGAUCUGAUUACUUUGAGCCACUUGAAUUAUAGUCUUGAUGCGGGGAGUGCGGCUAUGUUUGCGUUGGGGACGUCGGGGGCGAAGUUGGGGAUUACGAGUCAGAGGUUGAGGCCUGCUGCUGGUGGAUUGGGAGGGUGAGAUUGCAGACAAGAAUACCAGUAUGAACGAUACGGAGGAUACUUGGACGGAGUUUAGCAUCAACGAUUUGUUAUUAUGAGAAGAUCAUGCAAAUUUUUGUAUCAAGCCAGUCUCCCCUCCAAAAGUACAAUCCCAGCAAGCUUACAGCAAGGCCAAGCUACCAAAACUCCAUGCAGGAAGCCCCGUACCAAACUCCAACCUAACAAGUGA